GUUCCGUUUGUCACCGUUUACCACUUGAGCGACAUUCUUGACAGUCUUCAAACGUCAACGGCAUAAUUAAAAAAAUAAAUUUAUUGUUCUGUUCAGGACUGUGGGACUUUUUGUAUUCUCUGUGUUUUAGCAGUAAAUGCACUUUGCAUGAGGAAACACUAAGCAAGCUUCUUUCUACAAUCCAGCCAAGCUGACCAGCUUGGUAUUUGCAUUUGAAGAUUGGAAGCUGGCUGCUGACAAUUGAACGCAAUAACUGACACAAGAUUAGCAGCAAUCUUCGAAAUAUACAAUUACUAUCGGCCCAGAGUAUAUCAGCUAAAGACUUUUUGACUGACCUACAAAUGGACGAGCGAGAGGAAAUACAACAGAAUAAUAUGAUAUCCAACCUUCCACUACUUUUCGCAAAUGGCUACCCAACGUCAUUGGAAAAAAUUUCCGAGACUCAGUUGGAAAAGUUUAUACCUUUUAUGGUGCAAUGUUCCUUGGGCCACAUUAACCUGCAAGGCCAAGUUGAGUGCAGUGAGCCCGAGUGGUGGCCCGAAGAUUUGACGUUCAAUAUUCCUCUGCGCAAACCGAAAACAUUUCACGGCAAUUGGGUGGAAAAACUAAAGGAGGUUGUAUUAAUAUGUUACGAAUUUCACAAAAGCGUUUUUCUUUUGAGAUUUUGCAAUGAUUUGUCGUCGUACGAGCAUGCGAGUUUGCGCUUCAUCAACAACUACAAUUCAACGACGUCAUUAUUUGAUCGCAGAAGUAAUAAGCUUCUGGUCACGUUUCGCAAUGAGAAUAUGUCUUAUGACCAACCACAAAGACUCCGAAAAUGCCUGCUCCAACAAAAGUCGAAAAAUGGUCACUCGUCGGUGAACUCCCUGCAACAGAUGGUAGAGCCUGCUCCUUUUGACAUUUAUCUAUGUGAUAAUUGCGAUGCAGAAUUGUAUUCGAAAGAAGCCAUUUUGGUUCAUGAAAAGACUUGCAGUGUGGAGGAUGACGAUGAUGUUAUUCUGUGUGACACUCCAGAGCCUGAACCGGAGCCGCAGUGCACGAACACCAUGGAAGACAACGAACAGCGUAUUGGCUUCUUAUUGAACUUCAAUCUACAAUGCAAGAGUGCAAAGAAUCAAAGCCAAAAUAUUCAAAAAACUAAGGAAAUCGAAACAGCUUGCAACGGAUCGCCAAUUGACAACUUAAAAGUGGACAGCAGAUUUAAAAUCAUAGACAAAAAGAAACGGAUAUCCAGACGAACCCGAGCAGUGCAUUCGGUGUGGCGUUGCCCCACAAUACCACUCUCCUCACCGGCGGGCCAGUUGCUGUUGCGAUCGACAAAAACUUCCAUUACUCCUGAGUAUCUUAGCGAACGCCUGGAAAGGAUUGAGAGAUUUUGCCAGGCACCGCUUCUAUCGAAAUUGACGACCAAGCCCAAGUUCUUGGAGAAAAAGCAGUCAACUUCCACGCCACACUGUAGUUUUAAGAAGCCCCAAGAGUACAGUACUCAUUUGUACAUAUUUCCCCGAAGACAGUUCUCGCAAAAGCGACGAACCGAAAACGUUUUACUCUUCAAUUCGAGUCUAUUGAGACGCUGCAAGCCAAUUUCGGUUCGCUUGAAAAAAAUAAACGAAAACAAACAGAAUACUCCUAGCACCAAAUUAAAUAUUAAACUAACGCGUGACAAUUGCCGUAGUUCUAAUUGGAAAAUAUCAUCAUGUCCAUCGGCGGAAAUAAUUGUUGAUACAAUUGAUUUGUGCACAUCCGACGAAGAUGAGGACACUCAAAUAAGCUAUCGACCAUCCAAUAUAUCUUACAUCAUAGACUAUUAGCAUAUACUAUUCUUAAUUUUAUAGUAAUAAUCACAGCAUAGGUAUUCUAAACACCUCCAUAUAUCUCAAAUCAGUGGAUAAUUUGAGAUGCUAUCACUUCAUCAAUAUCAUCGUCAUAAUUUUCAUAAAUUGCGUUUCCAAUAAUGCCAAUACUGAAUGACCGAUUCACAAGUAGUGCUGACUGACAACACAAAAAGCGAUUGAUUAUGAAAAUGGCUAUCAAACAGCGUGUGAUAUAGAUGACUCAAUAUUGUUGUAUUUCACAAAUCCGAUGAUUUUCAUUUACGCUCACUACCAGGGAGCGAGCCAUGGCUCCCCUCAAAUGCAUUGAAUCAAUUAUCCAUCCACCACUCGGCAUCGCAUUGGCAUAUAUGUACAUAAAUUAAAGACAAAUUGACACGAAUCUAUAUCAUACAAGAAAUGUUUUUGUUUUAGACGCGAUGAAACAUUUUUACACGAAGAAUUUAAUUUUGGCUUAGCUGCAUACGUCUGAAUUAUUAUUAUAUAUAUAUAUAUAUACAGCCUUUUAUAUUAUAUAUAUAUCUCACUCAACCAUACACAUGUACGAAAAUGUUUUUUGUUUCUCUUAUUAUAGAAUAUCUUUUUGAAUCGCGACUUUAGCAAAAACGUUCCCACAAUAUAUUUAUAAUUUAUUAUUUCUCGUUUUCCUUCCUUGUUAACAUGAAUCUUACUCUUACGUUUGUUUUCAUAUGUAUACAUAUUUUCUUUUUUUUUUUCUUUCUACCAGAACCUUAAGACUAAUUUUCAUUAAUUUAUUUUGUAAUGUUAUAUCCUUAGAUGAAAUAAAAUAUGUAAACUUAGCGAAAGUAUGUAAUAUUUCUAAAUACAG